AUGGCUCCUACCAAGAAACGCGCCUCGUCGCCGGCAAAAGGUAUUCGCUCCUCGAAGCGCUUGAAGGUCCAGACACCAAAGGCUCGGCCUACGAUCUCGACUAUUCCCACUCAGGACGGAUGCGCAUUUCUAAACCUUCCGCGAGAGAUCAGAAACCAAGUCUACAUGGAAUCGCUCAAGGGGCUGGACCUUACAUUCCGCGUGAAUAAGCUCAUCAUUGCUGCGACACCAAACUCCGAAGGCUACAUCAGACACCCGGGACUAACUAAACGUGGCCUCCCGCUAUGGUCACUGUCAAGUCAACAGAUUUGUUACGAAGUCCUGGACUUGAUCGCACGUAACUACACGUUCCAACCUUAUGGGCGCCCAAGAAUUGCAGAAAUUCAAAUGGACGAAGGAGUCCCGAACACGCUAGUUUUCAGUGAAGGUGGCGUAGGAAACAUCAAGUUAUGGCCUUCCUUUGACCGUACCGCUAGAAGCACUGGUGUCGUUGGCGACCAGUCUGUACCUUUCCUCAAGUUAAUGGACAGCCUCUCCCUGAAGGAUGCGUAUCUGGGGAUAGUUUGGCAAUAUGCUCACGAGCGGGGAGACCCAAAGGAUAACGAUCCCACGGAUCUGACUGAAGAAUGGGGAAAAGAUUGGCAAGGGAUGUUUCGCAAAGUCAAGGUCAAUGUUAUGAUCAGAGGUCUCAAGAAGGAUACUACACCAUUGUGGAUUAUGGAUGAGGCGGAGAAGUUUGCACUGAGACUAGUCGGUACUGGUGGAGCUGUGGUGUGGGAGGAUCCAACUGAUAUGGUUCGGGUGUUCUGGAGGUUUAUGUCAGGGUGGUACAAGCAAAAGGCGUGGGUAGGACGUCUCACCGUCGAGCGGAAGGUGUGA